AUGGCCUUCCGCUACCUCAUCACCCUCUGCGCCCUGGUGGCCUACGCCCAAGCCGGCCUCCUGGCCAGCCACGUGGCCGUAGCCAACCCGUCUGUGGACGCAGUAGCCUCCACCCAGCAAAACGUGGUCCGCUCCUUCGCCGGCACUGUAUCCAGUUACUCGAAGGCCGUCGAUACGCCCUACUCCAGCGUGCGCAAGAGCGACACUCGCAUCCAGAACAAUGUCUACACCCCGGCCGUGGCCAAGACCACCUAUGCUGCUCCGCUGUACACCCAGGCCACGCCUGUAGUGGCCAAGACCCUUGUUCACGCCCCGGUUGUACAGAAGACUGUGUAUGCUGCUCCUGCCCCAGUUCUGGCCAAGUCUGUGUAUUCUGCUCCUGCUCCAGUCUAUGCCCCGGCUCAGGUGUACGCCGCUCCAGCUCCUGUCUAUGCCAAGACCGUGUACUCUGCGCCCGCUCCAGUUCUGGCCAAGACCGUGUACUCCGCUCCUGCUCCUGUGUACGCCCCAGCUCCCGUCAUGACUAAGGCUGUCUAUGCUGCUCCCGCUCCCGUUCUGGCCAAGACUGUGUCCUAUGCCGCUCCCCUGGCCACUACUAAUGUGAACCACGGACCCUCUGCCACCACCUACACCCACAAUGCCCCCGCUUUGGGAGUGUCCAGCUACGGCAGCGCCCAGACCGUCCAGUACUCGCCCGCCACCAGCGUCUCGCACAUGAGCUUCGAUGGAUUCGGCACCCACUGGGGUUUCUAG